AGCACAACCAUCGAGACGCGUGCAGCAGCGGUAGCGCAGCCAUGAAGUGCCUGAUCGUCCUGAGUGCCCUCAUGACCGUGGCUCUGGCCAAGCCGGGUUACCUGGGAGCAGGGAUCGCCGCCCCUGCCGUCGCUGCUGCCGCCCCCGUGCUCGCCGGCCCUGGCGUCGCCGUCCAGCCCGCCCCCGUCCUAGUGGGCGGCAUCCACCCCGGCCUCGCCGCCUACGGCCCCGCCAACAUCGUCGUCGGGCCUGGCGGCUACAACCUGGACACCCCUGACGUGGCCGCCGCCAGAUCCGCCCACCUGACGGCCGUCGCCCAGACGAGGGCGCGCGACGCCGCCAUCAACGGCGCCGCCCUCGCCGCCGCGGCUGCUGCGGCAUACGCCGCCCCCAGGGUGGUCGCCGCCCCGGCAGCCGUGGUCGCCGCCCCCGCCGUCGCAGCCGUUGGCCCAGCUGUCGGGCCUUCUGUGGCUGCCCUCGCCCCCGGCCUCCUGGGGGCGCCCGGAGCUCUCGCUGCCGCCAAGGCUGCCUACCACGGCUAA